AUAUCCGAGAUGUUGACGAGAUCAAAACAAAUCGAAAGUAAACAUGGCUGCAGGGGUUGUUAUUUGGGAAUGGCAGAAUGAAUAUGGUAGCUGGAGACCGUAUUCUCCGCAAAUAACUGCUUAUUUGGAAAACAACAAAUAUUCUCCCGUCCCUUUACAUCUCGGUAGUGUUGAUCCCAUCUUGUAUUUGUAUCAAGUAGACGUCAAAAAUUUGUGCCAAACAAGACAGGGAACAGGCACACAGCGUCCUGUACGUCGCACAGUGUUGCCAUCAUCCAGUCCAUUAGCAAAGGGAAUCACCUGGCAGUGGGAGGGGGAUGCUCUAGGAUCUUGGUGUGACUUUGACAUUGAAAUUAUCCACUAUCUGGAUGAAUGCUAUGUAAAAGGGCAAACUUUUAUAGAUUUGUCAAAAUCAAAGUUCUUUUUACCAUACCAUAUUGAUCUGAAGGCAAUGACGCAAAAAAGAGUUGAAACGGGGCGUGUGAGAAAUAUACAGCGGACGUUCACAUCAGUGUCAUAUCCAAGAGACUCCUCAGUGCCAUCAAGUUCUGGCAUCAAAAGGCAAUCUGCUGGAAGUUCCGGCAAAAACAAUGUUUCUUCUAAAAGAUCUAAAUCUUCAACAGUAUCAUCAUCAGUUAUUGGAGCUACAACAUCAGCAGUGUCAUCAAGUACUUCUGGAUUGACUGUGUCAAAUAAUACUUCACAGCUUACGAAUAGUGCAUUUACUCCAAAUAAUAAUCCAGCUAUGUUGAAUGGUAUUGGUCCACAGUCUCAACUACCGAAUCCAUUUAGCCACAGUCACCACCAAGGCCCCAUUACCCGUAGAAGAUUUAUUCAGUCCCAGUCUUCUCUCAACCAGCAAACUCAGUCAAGCAGUUUGGUUCCUCCACCAAACCAGUCUGUUCCAGUUACUAUGGCAUCAGCAUUCUCCUCGAUGCCAUCUCAUUCUACAUCAGUGCAACAGACUGGUUCCCCUUUCUUGACUUUUACAAGUAUUGCUGGUUAUCAGCCUGGUGUAUUCAGUAAUCAAGGAUCCAGCAACCUAGGCCCGGUGCCAGUGUUUGGAGGGAAUCCUAUUCAUGGUUUCAAUUUUCAUUCAUCCAGCACAGGCAGUUCAACACAACCUGGCCAUUUUCUUUCUGGGAAUUUGCUGUACUCUGGUGGCAGACAAGGCAGAGUUAGACCAUCACAAGGAGCCAGUUCAAGUUCAAACCAGCCAGCUAGUUUUUCAUCUACCUCAAACUCACAGCUACCUCCAUAUGAUAGAAUCCCCAACCUGGCUCCUAGAGCCAGCAAAAGAGGCAAUAAAACUACUUCUGCUGCAGAAGAUAUUUUACAUAACUAUGUGGAAAGUUUGACCUCCCCGCCAGCAGAUGAGGAUUGUUGUAUAUGUUGUGAGAAGUUGAUAGAGGCGUCAGGACAUGGGAGUGGCUCGCCGGAGGAUCAUGUUGUGUAUAAACUCAGCAAAUGUAGUCACAUGUUCCAUAAACUGUGUCUUACAGCAAUGUAUGACAGUGGAGCUAAGGAUGGUCAUAUACAAUGUCCAACAUGCAAAACAAUUUAUGGUGAAAAAAUGGGUAAUUGUCCGAGAGGUGAAAUGGAGUACAAAAUCAUAGACCAUCAUUUACCUGGGUACGAGGGAUAUCGGACCUUUCAGAUCAUGUAUAGUAUAAGCAGUGGCACACAGGGGCCCGAGCAUCCGAACCCUGGGAAGAGAUACACAACUCGAGGGUUCCCUAGGAUAGGCUACUUACCUGACUGUGAUAAAGGAAGAAAGGUGCUGCAGUUGCUGAUCAUUGCAUGGAAAAGAAGACUGACUUUCACGAUAGGACAUUCAACAACUACGGGUGAAGAUAAUACUGUGACGUGGAAUGAGAUUCAUCACAAGACAGAACUUGGGACAAAUUAUUCCGGGCACGGUUACCCAGACCCAAAAUAUCUUGAUAAUGUUCUAAAUGAACUGGCUGUCCAUGGAAUUACAGAGAAAGAUCUUCCAUCAGGAUGAUUGUGAAUUGUUUAUUAAAAUUCUAGUUAUUUAUGAGAAGUUUAAAGACAUUGCACCCAGACAUCAAAAUGGAAUGUGUUGGAUGUAAUAUUUUGCUUCCAUUUCAGCUUACAAAUACCUUGUUUCUGUAUUUCAAGAAAAUAAUUAGCAUUUUGAAGUUUGUCGAAAUUGUUUUACUUUAACUGUGGUUGUUAAAGCAGAGAACAUUCUGUUGUCACAGCACAGUGCAUGCUUUGUAACUUAAUUGGCAACAUCCAGUCAGAUUCUCAUGUCUCAUUUUAUAUGUAAACAAAUUCAGCCAAUCAGGUGAUGUGACCUCUGGAAUGCUUCUCUGUUAUGUUAAAUAUUAUUCAUCAUUAAAUUUAAAUUUGCCCACUUUACAUUGUUUUGUUGCGGGAAACACAUUUGAACUGUGAAUAGUAUAAGAAAGAAUAUUUUGAAUAUUGUUGAAAUAAGCUGGUUGUGUACAUGUAAGAAAAAAUGCUCUCUAGCAGAUUGUUGCUAUUUAGUGAGGCUAGUUUCUUUUUGGUAGCAUAUUAUUUUUUCAGUUCCUGUAACAUGGUAUAGAUCUCACAGAAUAUUAAUCCUUUACAUAGUUAACCUUUACCCUGCUAAAUUUCUAAAAUGAACUGGUUCAUCAUUUAAUUUGGGCAGUACAAUUUAUUGUUCGAAGAGGCGUUCUAUGAAAAAUUAAAGAUUGAACAGUGAACAGUGCAGACCAAGAUCAGCCUGCACAUCCGGUCGCAAAGGCAGAAUCACUUGCCACAAGCAGGCUAAAGGUUAAUGUAUUUUUUAGAUGAUGCCUAUGACUGGAAAACCUAGAAAAAGAUUUAAAUAAAUCAUUAUUCUGCUCACAAUUUUUCAUGUGAAUACAUCAUUGGGUAUCUUUUAUAAAAAAUUGGUCAGAUUUUAUGCCAUCAAAGGGAGGCAACUAAUUGCACUGCCUGUAAUCGGUCCAAAACAUUUGUCGUUUCACCUAUAACCUUUAAACAAUUUGAGGGAAUCCAAUAAAACUUUACACAUAAUGAGAUAUGUUGUGCACAUACCAUUAGGGUCUGGGGCAAGGCCCUAAACCAUUAACUGCAGACAAGGGCGCACUAUUACUCAAUUUUAAUAGAUCAAAUAUUUUUGUUUUUAUAUGCAUCACUUGUUUUAUAAAAAAAAUGACCUCCUGAAAUAUUUCUUCCCAUUUGUGUGAUACCCCAUAUACUAUGCACUAAGCAAUACCUGUAAAUAUACUGAAAUAGAAAUCAAUCAACUUUUUGGGCAUUGAAUGUUGUGGUAUCAGCAAAAAUGGCUAUUUCAUAGGAAUAUGAAUUUGUCCAUUUUAAGUGUUUCAGAUACAGUUAACGGACAUUUUUUUUUGUUCAUUGAGAUUAAAUAUCGUGGAUUGCAUGUCACCAAGAGAUCCACAUGAAUUAGUCCCCUGGAAAUAUUAAGUCUUUUACAGUAUACAGUAUGCUUCUUCUUUGUUGAAAGGUGUAAAUUUUAUGAUUUGUUCUUUGUUGUAUUUUUUUAAUCUCUGAUUUGUUAAAACCUGUUUUAAAUUGAUACAUUAUCUAGGUAUAGCAGCAUCUUUGUUAAAGGUGUGUGGUUUUAUUUGCAAAACAUUUAGGUACUUUGAAAUCGUUUAAUUUCUCUUGAAAUAGAUUGUGUGGUUUCUACCUAAUCAGCUAUUCAUUAGACAAUAUAUAUCUGUGGAUUGUAAAUUUUAAAGAUGAAAUAUAUGUGAAAAAUAGUUGUUUGUUUGGAUUAAAUUUUGUGGACUGAUCCAACCAUGAAAUCCACUAAAAGUAGUGUUUCUUACCCUGUUAAUUAGUCUUCGGCAAAAAUGAAUAACUUAAUGGUACUUUAUUUGAGCCGUGCCAUGAGAAAACCAACAUAGUGGGUGUGCGACCAGCAUGGAUCCAGACCAGCCUGCGCAUCCGCGCAGUCUGGUCAGGCUCCAUGCUGUUCGCUUUUAAAGCCUAUUGGAAUUGGAGAAACUAUUAGCGAACAGCAUGGAUCCUGACCAGACUGCGCGGAUGUGCAGGCUGGUCUGGAUCCAUGCUGGUCGCAAACCCACUAUGUUGGUUUUCUCAUGGCACGGCUCAUUUUAUGUAUUUAACUUGUAUCUGAAUUCUGCUGUUAAAUGUUUUUGAAAAAAAUCUUAAUUUGCGGAAGAAAGAAAUAGAUUGUUUGUGCUUGAUUGAAUUAAUUACCAGAAAUGAAAGUUUUGAAAAUCUUUGUAUAUGAUAAAUUGCAUGGACAUAGGUUUUCAUCUUUUAAGUCUUUUUCAGGAUAUUUAUAGACGUCAGAGCUAGAACUGUUGAUUGGAUAAUAUUCACAGUGACUUUAUUUUCACUCUAAUAAAUAAAGCUAAUCACAAGUU